GUUGGCAACAGUAUGAUUAAUCAAAAAGCGCCACUAGAAGAUGGCAGAACAUCCAAAGAAAAGCCACAGUACAGUGAGCUGUCGUAUCUCGUCACUAGACAAUGCCUGCAGCGAGAGGACCUUAAUCAGCUUUCACAGUACGAAAGACUAAAGCCGACUGCCAUCGAUUCGUUAGGAGCAUCCGUACGAAAUGUUAGGUGCCUUGCAACAAUUAAAGGAUUUUUUCCGAUUCUACAAUGGCUUCCAAAGUAUUCAAUAAAAAACGAUCUGCUCAGCGAUAUGACGGCAGGCUUGACGGUUGCCGUGCUUCAAAUACCUCAGGGAAUGGCGUACGGAAUCUUAGCAGGUACUGCCGCCAACGUUGGGCUCUACAUGGCUUUCUUUCACUGUCUUGUAUAUGCCGUGUUCGGCACGUCACGUCAUAUAUCGAUGGGAACGUUUGCUGUUACCAGCCUGAUGACUGCCAAAAUAGUAGCCACUUAUUCAACUGUUAUACCAACAAUAGCGUCCAAUGGAACAGAUGGAAUAGUACCGGAUUUGGCUCCAACCGAGGGUGCCAUAUAUACGCCGAUUCAGGUAGCGACAGCAGCAUCUUUUGUGGCUGGCGUGUUUUACUUCAUCAUGAGCGCGGCGCGAUUAGGAAUCCUGUCCUCCCUAUUGAGUGAACCACUAGUCAGUGGAUUCACUACAGCCGCUGCCGUGCACGUGAUGGUUAGCCAGUUGAAGGAUCUGCUGGGUGUAUCCAUACCACGCUACAAAGGCACCUUCAAGGUGAUCCUUUCGGUGCGCGACAUAAUCGAUCAAGCGCCGAACGCAAAUCUUACAGCCGUCUAUACCUCCGUGGUUGUUAUUCUGUUCAUGAUAUUUAUGAACGAAUAUUUUAAACCCUGGCUAUCAACCAAGUGCCGAUUCCCAGUGCCCGCCGAACUGAUGGCCGUCGUCGGAGGAACCGUAGCCUCCUAUUUCAUUGGGCUUGGGCCGAACUUCGACGUUGGACUGGUUGGAUUGAUACCGACCGGCCUUCCAGCACCGCAAUUCCCACCGAUCGCGCUCGUAAAGGCCGUUGCCGUUGACAGCAUAGCAGUAACAAUUGUCGGCUAUUCGAUCGUCAUGUCAAUGGGGAUGAUCUUUGCGCAGAAGGACAACUACGAAGUGCGUCCCAAUCAGGAGCUGGUCGCACUAGGGUUUACCAACAUUGUGGGCUCCAUAUUUUCCUGCAUUCCUACCGCCUGUUCUCUGUCCCGUUCCCUAAUUCAGCAUCAAACGGGCGGGAAAACGCAGAUAGCUGCUGUCUUCUCUUCCAUGAUCAUGCUCGUCGUGCUGCUGUGGAUUGGCCCGUACUUCGAAAGUUUGCCUCGGUGCGUCCUGGCAGGCAUCAUUGUCGUUGCACUGAAAGGCAUGCUGAUACAAGUGUACCACAUCAAAAAGUUCCAUCGCGAAGGUAGUCUCGAACUGUUCGUAUGGUGCGUGACCUUUCUUUCGGUCGUCAUUAUCGAUAUUGACAUUGGGCUGCUGAUCGGAGUGGUGAUUUCGCUGAUUUCACUGUACGUGAAGGGGUGGAAAACUUACUACAGUCUGCUUGGAACGGUGCCCGAUACCGCUAUCUACGUUGACAUCGGAUCUCACCUUCGUGCUGAAGAGCUGCCGCAUAUAAAAAUUUUCAAGUACACCGGUUCAAUUAAUUUUGCCAACAAGAACAAUUUUAAGAAAGCUCUUUAUAAAGAAACCAAAAUACUUCAGCGUCCCAAUGUGUCGCUAGUUCCACGUUACAACGGCGAAAGCACGGGACUACAGUCGACCAAAGCGGUUAUCAUUGAUCUGAGCAGUGUGCCACACGUUGAUACUGCCGCGUGUAAAAUGUUUACAGAGAUUAAAACUAAUCUAGAGCUGCUCAGCAUUUCACUGCUAUUGGCCACACCAGCAGACUGCGUGUACGAUGCCUUGCUGCAUGCGGAAUCGAUAGGCGAAGGCGGUUUUCACAUCUUCCCCACUAUCCACGACGCAGUCAUUUACGCUCAGGGAAACGAGUCUGCCGUGUAGCGUAGGCUCGCAUAAAUAAUUGGAUCCAAC